AUGCCAAGUUCGCAAGCGAACGGUUAUGGGCAUGCCGGCAGUGGCAAUGGCAGCACAAGUGGGAAUGGUGUGUCGGGAGGAUCAGGAGCGCCGGGCGAGACGGCAUCGCAGGAUAACAUUCCUCGGGACGUCAGACUUCUGCAUCUUCUGCUGGCGUCGCAGUCAAUCCACCAGUACGAGGACCAGGUGCCGCUCCAACUCAUGGAUUUCGCCUACAGGUACACGCGGGGCGUGCUGAAGGAUGCGGUGGUUUACAAUGACUAUGCUGACAAUACCGGCGGUCUCGCCGUGGAGGACGUACGGCUUGCGAUCGCGGCGCGUACGCAGUACGAGUUCAAACCAACAGCUCCGAAAGAGCUGCUUCUGCAGCUAGCGGCAGAGAGAAAUAAGAAAUCGCUUCCGCAGGUCAUGGGCAUGUGGGGUGUAAGACUGCCACCAGAGAAGUAUUGUCUCACAGCCAAGGAGUGGGACCUUAAUGACGACAAAACCACCUGA